GAUCUGAUGAAAAAGUUAUGAUAACUUAUAUAUGUCAUUCAAUCAGACAUAAAAUAAUGUGUCAUGAAAUUUCAACUCAGUUGUUUGAGUUUUCAAUCUUCCAAUUUAGUUUCAUAAGUUACUUCAAUGAAUCACAAAUUCCAGGUGCCUGAAUGAACUUAUCAUUUUAAUUUGAGUGGGGUACAAGUCUUUGCGCAUGUGUGGGGGUGGGGGAAGGGACUACCGACGAAGCCACGAGACGAACUUUACGCGCCGAGCAAUCAAACUUCAACAACCACCAGGUUCCUCAUUUCUGUCAGACAAGACGACGAAUCGGUUGGAGUGAACAAGUGCAUUAUUGGUGGAAGUGCUGAAAAAAGACCUAGAUCACCAGCAGAUAGAUAACCUGAUGUCUGACACGUUCUCCAAGCGCAGAAAGGAGAUCGUAGGGGAUCAACCUCUCAUUGGGGAUGUCAUGGCUAGAUGGCCGGCCAUGUUCUGUGAGAGACAGGUUCGGGCAGAGUUCAAAAGAGUCGUAAGCACAGACCUUCUCGAAUCGUUUCUCGACGGACUUGAUGACCUGGCACCAAGACUGCUGGAAGUGUACGAAGCUGCGACAAAGUCGGCAAAGAAGCCUGCACUGAAAGCCAUUUUGGACUGUCUGAAGAAAGACGACACAAACGAAAGGAGAAGGACUGCUGCUCUGCUGGGUCUGCCACACUACCUAAGAGAAGAGCCAUCAGACAUCAUCAGGAUGUGUGAUGCCCAUGGUGAGACUCUUGCUGAAGCCAUGGAGGGGAUGCAACUUGGCCUGUUGAUAGGCUACGAAGGUGACAACCAGGAUGCCUUUCCACAUGAGAUCUUCAAUGUGGCUGUUGUGGUUGAGGAGACUGUUGUGCUUCACAACUUCAAGGAUGUGCCAUCGAGCUUUGCCAUGCUUUUGGGGAUUAUCUACUGUGUGAACCUUGAGUAUCCACAAGCCAUGAAGUAUUCUUUUGAAUUCCUUCAGAGGGUAGUGAUGAAGAUCAAACCAGAUCAAGCUUCUGCCAGAGUCCACGGCAUUCGAAACAAGCUCCUGAGGUAUAAGUUGUAAACAAUGCUACACCUGAGAAUGGUUUGGAAUUCUUUUCUUUUUUUCUUCUUUUUCCAUUUGUUUCUGUUGAAAUGCAAGCCAAAGUUGAAGGCAAAAGCAAGCAAACAGGAGAGGAGCCCUGUUUUUUUUUGUUGUUGUUUUUGGACUUGAUCCAUUUGCUUUUGUUGGACUGAAUACAUUUAAUGCUGAAUAUUGUUCAAAUAAUAUACUAAGUAUACUGUAUUCAGGAUUCAAAUAUUUGAAAACAACCAGCUGAAGUUGGCAGUCUGAAGUUUUAGUUUGUUUGUGUUUGGGGUUCAGGACCGCUUUUGGUAUAAUUCAGCUGGAUCUGUGAGAUUGUUAAAGGAUUGGUUCACUUAAAAAAAAAAAACUUUUGGUGAUAAUU